AUGGCUGGUGUGACGCAGACGACGCCUGGCAUCACGCUACACACGCUCCCGCUCGACCUGUCCCGCUUCGACGCUGCGUUCUCGUCGCCGCUCUUCGCCCAGUUGACCGUCCUCGGACCAGGCGCCGCCAUGCUCGCAGUGGGCGGGCAGCCGCUCCCGUUCGCUUGGGCGAGAGAUAUCAGCGUCGCCUUGUCGCGUCCGAACGGCCCACCUGCAGCGACAACGCUCAGCAAGGGCAGUUCCGCCUCGUUGACACUCUCAUCGCGACUAGCGAAACGCUACUCGACGCAGUUCUUCCUCUCGCUCGACCUCUCCUCCCUCGCGAGCGACUCGACAGCCGGCCCAGCGAACGCAGAACGGGCGAUCCUACCUCUCGAGCGGGCGUUGGUGGAGGCGUUAGAUACGGUGCUUGAGAGGAAGAAGCGGUAG